AUGGCGUUAGUUCUAAAGAGGCUUUUCGUAAACUAUUUUUAUUUGUUCGACGACUUGGCAGAUGAACGUGUGAAUGAACUCGGUUUAUUUUUAAUGUCAUCCCCUUUAGUGAUAGCCGCGAUAUUAUUUUCAUAUCUACAUUUCACUUAUAAGUUGGGCCCGAGACUUAUGAAAAACCGCAAGCCUUUCGAAUUAAAAUGGGUUCUAAUUACAUUCAAUCUAACACAAAUUAUAUCCAAUACAUAUAUCGCCUACGAGGCAUUCAUCGAAAUUUGGUUCUACAUGAAUUGGAAAUGUCAGCCGAUAACUUAUUCAAAAACGCCUCGUAGUUUGUGGAUGUUGCGAAUGUAUCACUUUUUUUUCUUGAUGAAAGUCUUGGACUUAUUCGAUACUGUAUUUUUCGUUUUAAGAAAAAAGUACCAACAAGUCACGUUCCUGCACGUUUACCACCACUUCGGAAUGACUUUGUUGAUGUGGUUAGUGGUUAAAUUUUUUUCCGGUGGUUCCGGUACUUGGGUGGGACUAAUCAAUGGGAUAGUACACGUCGUUAUGUACUUAUACUACCUCCUGUCGUCGAUAGACAAAUCGUGGAAGACUAGCGUUAAAUUUAAAAAGUUCAUUACGCAAGUGCAAAUGGUUCAAUUUUUGACAUUUAUAAUUAUCUACGCGAAGUUGUUGUUCCAAGACUGUGCCUACCCCAAAAUAGCGUCCUUUUUUUUCGUGCCGCAAAAUGUUUUCAUGUUGUUACUUUUUGGAAAUUUUUACAAAAAGACGUACCUAAAGAAAAAUCGAGGUAACGAAUUAAUGUAA